AUGACGCACGGUUUUGAAACCCGUCAGAUACACGCAGGGCAAGAGCCUGACUCGGCUACGGGGUCUCGGACCGUACCGAUCUACCAGACGACGAGCUUCGUCUUUCGAGAUGCAGAGCAUGCAGCGAACCUGUGCUUGGCCGAGAUGGGCAAUAUCUACACGCGCAUCAUGAACCCCACGACCGGCGUGCUUGAGGCACGACUGUCCAACCUCGAAGGUGGUACCGAAACCGCGGUCGGCAUUCCCGGGGCGCUUUGCGUCGCCUCAGGUCAAGCGGCCACCACGCUGGCCAUCACGAACAUCGCCGACGCAGGCGAUCACAUCGUUACUGCCUCAUCGCUGUACGGCGGUACCUACAACCUGUUCAACUACACCCUGCCCAAGAUGGGCAUCGAGGUGACCUUUGUCGAGGACCCAGACAACCUCGAAGAAUGGGCAGCAGCGGUCAAGCCGAACACCAAGCUGUUCUACGGCGAGACCGUCGGUAACCCCAGGAACAACUGCAUCGACAUCGAAGGCGUCUCAACUGUCGCCCAUGAUGCUGGCGUACCCCUGAUCCUCGACAACACGGUGCCGUCGCCGUACCUGAUCAACCCGCUCAAGUGGGGCGCCGACAUCCUGAUCCACUCGACGACCAAGUUCAUCGGAGGUCAUGGCACCUCCAUUGGCGGUGUCAUCGUCGAUGGCGGCUCGUUCGACUUCAGCGACGCCGACCGCUAUCCGGGCAUGAACGAGCCCGAUCCGUCCUACAACGGAUUGGCGUUCUAUCCGGCACUGGGUGCAGGGUCAUACAUCAUUAAGGCUCGAGUUCAGGGCCUGCGUGAUCUUGGCGCGGCAAUGUCGCCGACCAAUGCGUUUCACUUCCUGCAAGGCCUUGAGACCUUAAGCCUGCGCAUGGAACGACACUGCCAGAACGCUCAAGCAGUCGCCGAGUUCCUCGACGGUCAUGACAAGGUCGAGGCCGUGCAAUACGCCGGCCUCGCAUCGAGCCCUUGGCGCGACCGCAUGGCCAAGUACAGCGAGGGUCGUGGCUUUUGCUCGGUGCCCGCGUUCGUCAUCAAGGGUGGUCGGCAAGCUGGCGAAAAGUUCGUCAACGGCACCGAACUGCACAGCCAUGUGGCCAACAUUGGCGACGUGCGCAGUCUGAUUAUCCACCCUGGCUCAACCACGCACAGCCAGCUCAACGAGGAAGAGCAGGCAGCAAGUGGUGUUGCGCCGGGGCUGAUCCGGCUGUCCGUGGGUAUCGAGACCAUCGACGACAUCAUCGAGGACCUCGAAAAAGGUUUCGCCGCCAUCUGA